GAAUACAGACCUUGUCCAUCACAUAGUGCCCUUUGUUGACUGCAAAAUUUACCGCGCUAAAGCAUUCAUUAAUACACAAACACAGCUACAGAUAGUAACGUCUUGGAAUCAAGACUAGCUUUGGCUGUUUGAACUUGCCCUUCACUGUUGUACUUGUAUACGUACUGUACCUACAGUACAUUACAAUGAUCCCUUUUUUUCAUUGUACCAUACAUGUACAUGUACGGUACAUAUGUAUGUGGCAGAUUCCUUCACUGUUGUUGACAUGCACUGAUUGGAUUAUGUUUGUACAUGUACAUUUACAUUUUCAGAGUGCGAAGUAAUUGGACUGAACCAAAGCACUACAUGUAUAUCAACACAUUUGUUCUGUCAAUUUUGCACCAGGAACUAUUCUAACUCGAUCUCCAGCCUGUUCAUUGAUGCAUGGUUUGUAAUUUUUGUGUUCAGGAUACAUGUGUAGGCAGACAUAGCAGAGUUGUGACAGUGUUCUUCACAUCCAGAGCCCACUGUAUAUAUCCGACAAUAUUCAUUGGGAGACAUGGCUACCGGGACAAAUAUCACCAGUUCAACAGACGUAGUGAGCAGAAGCGACUUCAUGUGCAGCCUCUGUCAAGAUGUAUACAAGGAACCCAAGAUACUGGACUGCAUGCAUAGUUUUUGUGAGAAGUGCCUGAAGAAGUAUGUUGGCAAGCGCAGAGGUACAGCACAGAUAUCAUGCCCUGACUGUCGGCAGGAGAUGCGACUUCCCAGGCAGGGUAUUCGUGGCCUUACAACGAACCAUCUUUUAAUCGCCAAAGUUGCGGCAUCACCAAAGGAAAAAGUAACAAAAGCACACUCUGAAGGUGAGGAGAAAGUAAUGUGCGAGAUAUACGAUGUGGAAACUGGGGCUCGGCACUGCUGUUUGGACCACAUGCAGCUCAUCUGUGAUAAUUGCCAAAAAGUGCACUCUAGAAUCGCAGCAAUUUCAAACCACCCAAUAACCACCAUGGAAGACAUCCGCCAGGAGAAGGAAGGACUUGCGAAAAGAGAUGAUGGGUCGUUGUGUCCAGAUCACAACGGGAAAAAAAAGAAGUUCUACUGUGAGACUUGCGAAGAGUUCAUUUGCCAAGACUGUACCACUGAAGACCACUGUAAACCACAACACAACUACACGGACUCAGUAACGGCUUUAAUCAAAUGCAAACAGGUACUUAAAAACCUACUACCGGAUGUUGCUGAAUACAUAGAACAACUGGAAAGAUCAUUAGCUGCUACAUCUCCAGCUAAACAGGAGAUUGAGAACACAGCAACACUUGCAAUAAAAGAUGUCAGAGAUAGAGCAGACACACUGCGAAGGGAGAUAGCAAACCAGGAGAACAACCUCAUGAACCAAAUAAGAGCAGCAUGCAGUGAUCUUUUCAAAAAUUUAAGUACAGAUGGGGAGACAGCGACCGUGGAGUUGCAGAGAGCAAAACUUUCACUUGAGACAGCAACAGAAUUGCAGAACACAGCAACAGACAGUCAAAUGCUGUUGCUUUUUCCAACCGUCAGUAAAAGGCUUCGAUCGCUUGGUAAUCAAAAGCCCCCAGAGGCUCAGGCUGAUCGCAUUCUUCAGAGGUAUUCCCUGAGGUUCAAACCGAGUCCAGAAGAUGAAAGUGCUUGCAUAAAUCUUGGCAAGUUGCAUGUUGGCGUUGUGUGGGAACAAUGCGCGGAAUUCAAAGACUUGAACUUAUCGAAAUUUGCAUCUGCACGUGGCGUUGUUGCUCCUCAACCUGGUGAAAUUGCUGUGACAAUUUUAGAUUAUGAUGAUCAACGCCGAUACAUCAGCAAAGUGAUGGUAUUAAGCACUGCAGGAGAACAUACAUAUGUAUGUAAGAGAACAAUUCAACUUUCACUCUGUCUGGGUGCUUUGGGGAUUGCUGCUGCCAAAAAUCUGUUGGUGGUUGCCGAUGGUACCAACUACGUCAAAAUGUACGAUAUAAACAACGAGCUUGUGACUGGAAGGUUCUGUACAGCACAGACUUGGUCUGAAUAUCUUUCAGUACAAAUCCAAAGAGUUCUAGUAAAUGUACCAGACUACAGGUUUAAUUUUGCUGUACCAGUGUCAGUGGCAAUCAAGAAGUGUGGCACUAUCAUUGUGGGCGACAUCAAGAGGAAGCUUUGGACUGAACACAGCCCAAGUGAUUGUUCAGUCAUAAAGACUAUACAUCUGGAGAUUGAACCGUGCUAUCUGGCUGUUGACGCGAAGGACAGAUGUGUAGUCAGUGAUGCCGAGAAAGGAGUAGUUAUGGUGUAUGAUGAGGGUAAAGCAUCGUUCACAAUUGAACCAAGUAUCAUGGGUGAAAAAGUCAAAUACUGCAAAGGAGUGUGCUGUGACGGUUCCGGCAUUUAUGUGGCAGUACACAACGUGGAUAAAGGCACUGGCCACAUCCACCAGUAUGACGAGACUGGAGGCUUCGUCAGCUGCAUUGUUAAGGGUCUUUACUGGCCAAAUGGAAUCACAUUCACAACAGAUGGGCAGCAACUCGCUGUGGCUGAUUCUGUUUCUGUGAAGAUGUUCCAUAAGGUGUAGAUCAAACGUUACCUGUACCCAUAGCAAGUGUGAAGUAACGCCACGUGCAACGCUCUGAAUGCUGACAACAUACAGUAAGAUGUACAUGUACAGUACCGGCAGUCUUGGUUCUCAGACCUGUACCAUGUUUUGUUAACAAUGUACAUGUACCUCUAAAUUCUCUGUGUUACAGACAAUUGUAUUUGGGCCAGUGCAUUUCUAUGAACCUGAUUCCUUGACGCACUUGAUUUUUGUAAUGUACAUGUACGUGGUGUUUCGUUACCGAGUAUCAGUUCCUUUGGAUUUAUUGUUUACUUCAGAUAAACCGGUACUUACAGUGUACAGUAUGUACAUGUAAAGUUAUGUAGGGUCAUUUGCUCUGUGUUGGUCGAAUAUUUUAAGAGCUUCAAGUGCUGCAGAUAAAAUUAUGCAUUAUAAGUAACUAAAAGGUAGUGACGCCAAGGCAAAAAACAUGGCAACAUGGAAUUUUAAAUGACCACUCCAGCAGUGGUCUUUUUUCAUGUUGCGGCUUCAGCACUCGCUCAGGGUCAUCCAGCACAUCAGCAAGGAUCAUGCCACCUCUGCCGUGACAGCACCAGAAAAGGUGGGAUGACAAGAUGCAAGCAGUGUCUCUAACAGACACAUGAGCCCCGUGCGUCAUUUGGUCCUACAUGUACAAUGUGUAAGUCGCAAGCUCAAAUAAACUGCGCACAAUCCUUUUCACUGUUCAUAACCAGACUUGUGAUUUGGCAUCUGGAAGACUCGGUAGUGUGUAGAACAGGGACUUUUCUGUCUAGCGGAUGAAAGAAAAAAAUUAUCACUUCUGCUAGUGCUGCAUAAACGAGUGUGGGAAAUGGUAUUGUCGCAUCUCAUACACUCCUGACAUACAUGUACAUUUUACAUGCACAUGGACGUGCACAUGUAUGUUUGAUUUGAAAGCAUAAAUGGCAAACAAGAAGCAGGAGUUUGCCAACAGUUUUGGAGGGGGGCAUCCAAAGCCCUCCCCCCACAAAAAAAGAUCUGUGACUUGACACCAUUUGCCUUUUAAUUUGUAGAAAUUGUUCAUGGACCUUUGAUUUGUUUUCAUACGUACGUGGAAUUGGUAACAAAAGUUAGAGAAUUAUGUUAAAGUGGGGGGGGGGUGGAGGGAAAAUGGAUGCCAAUAAUUGAUCUCAUAUGAUAAUCUAAUUCUAAUAAUAUAAUACUCAGCAGUGUCAUUUAGUUGAGAUCCGAGGCAAAUGAGAAUACAACAAAUUUAUCACUGUCAUGGUCAUGAUUGCAGGGCUCAGUGGAUAAGGCGGUAUUGUGAACAGGGUGUGGCAUGCAGUGAGAGUACAGAAAUGCAUCUCUUCACGCUUGCUGGCAGCGACAACACGUUCAAUUUGUCAUUUUAUUAUCACUUUAGUUUAAAGUCACUGUCGUGUACAUAUACAUUUAAGAAGAAGAGCGAGGCUUUUAUUUACUUGAUCAUUGCUUACAUGUAACUAGCCUGAGAGCGAUGAAUGAAGUACAUGUACAUGUAGGUCAGGCAUACACGUACGUUUCCACUUUUCCCAAAUAAUGAAAAGACAGGUUUUUGUCGUUUUUCGUAUCCGGCAACCACCAGAAGCAGUAGAUCGUUUUCCCUCAGUUGUAAUUCUGAUUAAUAAAAUGUACAUGUACAUGUAUGAAUAUAUAUUUUUGCAUAUAAGAACAUUUACACUAAGAUUAGUGUACGCCAUUGAAAUCAAGAUUCAUGGAACGGCAAUUAUCAGCAACAUGUGAUAAGACAUUGUAAUGUUGAACCAUGAGUGAAAGUAACCACGUGCAAGGCUUAUUGUUUGUAACAUUAGCAGUUAUCGGUAUAAUUUGAGGUAGUGGGGUCAUGCUGGUUGCUGCAGCUCGUACAUAUUCAAUAGAUGAGCAGGGUGUGUUAUUUUGGUAGAUAACGGAAUUGAUAAUGAAAGAAGAACAAGAACGCCCAAACUUUAAUGGGUUUACACAAACAUAUACUGUACAUGUAUUUCCAAAGAGGAAAUUGACAUGCACAGCAACUUGGUUACUGAAUCAAUAGUAACA